AUGCUUUGUGAACACAAAGGAGCAUAAUCAUUUUGUACAUGUUGCUAAUAAGUUAUCUGUGAAUUGUGUAUAUGCUGUAAAGAUUCAAAAAAAAUAAAUGUGCCAAACAUUGAUUUAAAUGUACUUUGUUCAAGAUGUGAUCAAACUUCAGCAUAAAUCAGAUGUGAACAGUGUAUGUUUCAAUUCUGUUAAGAAUGUUUUCAAUCAGUUCAUAAAAUUGGAAAAUUUUCAACACAUAACAAAAUUGAAAUCAAUUAAAAUCUACACUAAUAAAUACUCAAAUAAAUGUCUAUAAUCACAGAACUUGAAUAAUACUCCUAAGAAUAAAUAACUUCUGUUUUAAGAUAUUUCGAAUAGAUCUAAGAAGUAUUGGAUAGGAAAAAAAAACAGUUUCUUGAUACUAUAUCCAAUUAUCGCUGCUAAUAAAUGAAAAUUCUUAAAUAAAGAAUAAGCAUAAUUGAAGCAGCUGUCAAAAUAAACUCAGAACGAUCUUUUGAAAUUCCCGAAUGUAUGAAUUACUAAAUGGAAACAUUUCAUUUAACCGCCAAAGAAUAAAUUAUUGAAUUGAUCUUAAAUAUUGAUGUUUAGAAAAUUCUUGACUAAAGCACUCUUAGUCCUCGUAGAAUUCAUACUUAGUUCAGUGUUAAAAGGAGUGCCAGUUGUAAAAAGCUGGAAACUUAAGAAAAAAUUGUUGAGGUUUGUGAAACUUUUGAGAAGAGAAAAUUUGUUAAAUAAUUGUGUUAAUCAAAUUCUAUAUAGUUAAAUUGGACUCAUUCUAAACAAAAGGUAGAGUAUAAUUUAGAAAUGGGAAUAGGAAUGAAAAUCAAAGGAAUUGAAUAGUUUAAAUAGAUUUAUUAAGGCACAGAACCGUAAUUUAUAAUUAAUGGAUUAUAAGCUAAAACCAAUUAUAAGUUUAGAGUGUAAAGCACGUUUGAAAACAAGACGAGUGAAUUCAGUGAAAUCUUGAAUUUAACCACUCCUCAAUACUAAUCUGUAGAGGAUAGUCUAAUAAUUUCUAAGAAAACUAUUAAUAAUGAUAUCUAGGUUUUAUUUGAGAAACCUGGAUUAGUGUUAGGCACAAAUCCAUUAUAUUUUGGAGUAUGGUCUUGGGAAAUUAAAUUGAUAAUCAAUGGAAUAAUUGAAGAUUUGACAGCUAGCUUAGUUGUUGGAGUAGCCAAUAAAUAGAGAAAGAUUGUUGGAACUACGCUAAAUUAUGGAUAUCAAAGAGAAUCCUUGAUUAUUAAAGUCUUAGUUGAUAUGGACAAUAAGUGCAUGACUAUAACUUCAAAGAUGCAUCCAAAUGGAGAGAGAUUCUAAAAUUUAAUAGGGCCAGUGUUUCCAGCAUUUUAGAACAAAAAUACUCACAAGGGAUCAGGGUAAUUGAGAAAGCUUAAUUCCUAUGUGGAUAAAGAAGUACUCAAUUUGACAGGAGGUCUUUAUCCCUUUGCUCUAUUCUCAUAAACAAAACCGCUCAAUCAUUAGAAAUGGGUUUAGGAGGAAAUAGUGCUGACUAAUGAGAAUAUAUAAAAAGUAAAGGCAUGGGUACCAGAACAAGAAAGAGGGUUAAUGUUUAAAGGAGAAAAAGUCAAUUAAGAUCCGGAAUAUCUUGAAUUUAAAGAAGAGGAAAUAAGUAUUGACAAUGAUUGGAGUUUUGAAGAGACUUAAUAUUUAUUCAAUUAAUUGAGGAACUAUAAUUACAAUUUCAUAGUGCUUUCUGAUAGAUAUUCAUAUCAAAAUAAAAACCGAGAUAUUUAUGAAUUGAAGGAUAGAUAUUACAGUGUUGUUAAUGAGGUCUUAUAAAAAAGGAAUGAUAAAUCACAUUUUCUAUACAAUUAUGUUUAUGAUGAAGAAUAUGAUCGAUUUAGAAAUAUGGAACUUGAAAAGUACUUAAAAAGAACAAAGUAAAUUUGUGAUGAAGACAAGAAGUUGCAAGAAGAUCUAAGAAAGGUUGAUCAAUAAAUAAAAAAAUAAGAGAGGGAACACAAAAGUCUAUGCAAAUCAAUUAAUUUAUAAGAAUAUGAUGAUAUUGAUGAUAAAUCGAUCAAUUAUAUGAUAGAUAUGUCUUAAAGAAAUGAGGAAGUUAAAAAAACAACCACUGAGAGAAUAGUUUAUUUAAGAAAUAAAUGGAUCAAUGAAGCAUUACCUUUACCUUCUUCAAUCAAAGAUAAAUUGGAUAGGUAGUUAAAAGAAGUGCUGCAAAAUACUAAAUUAGCUUUGAAUUAAGAAAUUGAAGAGUUAUUCUGUAACCUACGCAAACUCUAAUUGGGUGUAUUGAGUUAGCAGAGAUUACAAAAGAGAAGAGAGCAAGAUAAAAGAUAUUUAGAAGAUAAAAUUAAAAAACUUAAAGCUUAGCAUGAUUAACAAUAAGCAAGCGAUAUGAAAACUAAAAAGUGA